GCUUAGCUCGCGGAGUGAGCUGUCCGCAACAUUUUAAGUGAGAGCAAUGGCGCCGAAAAAGCUCACCACGGCGACCACCACCACAUUCUCUCACACGUUCUGCGCCGAAAACCCAAACAAGUUGGAUGAUGUGUACAAUGUAGAGAAGAAGCCGUUGGGCGAAGGCUCCUACGGACAGGUGUGCAAAGGGACGCACAAGGACACAGGUGCCGUGCGGGCGAUCAAGGCAAUCAACAGACAUAAGAUCGCGGACCCUGCGCGCUUCCAAGUCGAGGUGGACAUCCAGUCCUCCCUGGAUCACCCUAACAUCGUAAAGCUCUACGAGGUGUUCCAGGAUGCCAAGCGCUUCUACUUGGUCAUGGAGUUGUGUACUGGCGGGGAGCUCUUCGAGCGCAUCGUGGCGGAGUCCGAGAAGCACGACGGUGCUCGAGCCUUCGACGAGCGCGGCGCCGCGACCUACAUGCAGCAGAUCCUGGGCGCCAUGAGCUACCUGCACAAGAACAACUUUGUGCAUAGGGACAUCAAACCGGAGAACUUCCUGAUGCAGAACAACGAGCCCAACGCGGAGAUCAAGGUCAUUGACUUUGGUCUCGCCAAGCACUUUGUCCCGGGCUCGGGGAACGCCAUGAAGACCCGAGCCGGCACGCCCUACUAUGUGGCACCUCAGGUUCUGACCGGCGCCUACGAUGAGAAGUGUGACAUUUGGAGCUGCGGGGUGAUUUGCUACAUCCUUCUGUGCGGUUAUCCGCCGUUCUACGGUGAGAAAGACAAGGAGAUCCUGGCGAUGGUGAAGAAAGGCGACGUGAAGUUUGAUCCGGCGGACUGGUCCGAUGUGUCCAGCGAUGCCAUCGAGUUUAUCAAGCUGAUGCUGACCUAUGACCCACGCACAAGACCUACCGCGGGAGACCUGCUGACGCACAAGUGGUUGAGCACCUCGGCGAGCGUGCCCGUGGGCCGAGUAGCCAAGGACCUGGGCCACAAGCUGAAGCGGUUCCAGAGCAACUCGAGGAUGAAGAAGGUAGCGCUGACAUUAAUCGCGCAGCAGCUGAAAGAUGAUGACCUCAAGGAGCUUCGAGAGACCUUCAUCCAGCUGGACAAGAACAGGGAUGGGACUCUCAGCCUUGAUGAGAUUCAGAACGGCAUGAAGAUGGCGAAGGCGGACCUGCCUGACGACAUUGUGCAGAUCGUCAAGAACCUGGAUACCGAUGGCUCCGGCAACAUUGACUAUACUGAGUUCAUGGCAGCGACGCUGACCAAGAAGCAAUAUCUCAGGCGCGAGGUCAUGUGGGCGGCUUUCCGAGUCUUCGACACCAACGGCGACGGGGUGAUCACCAAGGAUGAGCUGGCGAAGAUCCUGAAGGAGGAAGACAAUAUGGCCUACAUUGAGAAGAUGGUGGAAGAUGUGGACCUCGAUUCCAACGGAGAGAUCAGUUUUGACGAGUUCUGCAAAAUGAUGGAGAAGGAUUCGGUGGGGCUUUUGGGCAGUGCUGCCAUGGCGGAGGGCCGGAUGCUGCCUGAGGUGUGAGCAUCGGUUCGGGUGGUAGAUUCCCGAUGCCGUACCCUGGUACCGAACCCUUAAAUCGGGGCGGGCAGUCUGGGCACUCGGCACUUGCCCUCAGGGAUGGCCAAACCUCGAUUCCCCAGCUGCGGUUCAGUCGUGCUGGGGAGCAUCCGCUCUGCGGAGGGGUGGGUUAUGCAUCGGCCUGAAGAUAUGUGCAGUGUAUGUCCGCAGAGAGGGUUGAAUCGGCCCCUGGUCUCACAACUGGCGCACAUGGCACUGGUUCCUGUCGCCCGCGCAAGACUGUGCAGGCAUUGAUACCUUUGACCGAAGCGUAGGACCCACCUGUGUCCCAGCCAGAUUCUAGGGACUUGAUA